UGCUCCGCAUCACACCCCCUAGUCUUCCCUUUUUCCCAUUUCCACAGCAGUACUAAAACACUAGAGUACUACACUAAACCCAGUGAGCCCUCUGCUUAUUCAAAACCAACUGUCACUCUGACACGCAUCUUCAAAUGACGCGCCACCGCAUUUUCCUGCUCCUCCUCUUAGUCCCUCUCCUCACCGCCCAGUCACCACUGUCCAACGACGCCGACGCUCUUUUCGCUUUCAAAACCGCAGCCGACGCACACAACAAACUCAACUACACUCUCCGUGACUCCGUCAACUACUGCCAGUGGCGCGGCGUCAAAUGCGCUCAAGGCCGAGUCGUUCGCUUGGUCCUCAACUCGUUCAAACUCGGCGGCACUUUCCCGCCAAACACAUUGUCCAAUCUUAACCAGCUCCGAGUCCUGAGUUUGCCGAACAACUCGCUCACCGGUCCGAUUCCUCAACUCGCUCAACUCGUUAACCUCAAAACUCUCUUUCUUCAUCACAACUCGUUUUCAGGUAACUUUCCGGUGAGUUUAGUCUCUCUUCACCGCCUCAUUUUUCUCGACCUCUCGCAUAACAACCUCUCCGGUUCACUUCCAGUGAACCUGACUUUGUUAGACCGGCUCUACUCGCUCCGGCUUAACUGGAACCGGUUCAACGGCUCUAUUCCGCCGCUAAACCAGUCGUUACUCGACGUCUUUGAUGUCUCCGGGAAUAAUCUCACCGGAGCUAUUCCUGUUACGCCGACUCUCUCUAGAUUUAGCAGGUCUUCGUUUUUGUUUAACCCUAACUUGUGCGGUAAGAUUCUUAAUAAGAUUUGUCGGUCGACGAGUUCUCCGUUUUUCGAUUCGGGUGGCGAGGGCGGAGAUAAUGCUUCUCCGCCUUCGCCUUUUCUACAAAAUGAACAAGGAGUGAUUUUGUCGCCUCCGUCUUCGAAAAAGCACAACAAAACAGGUGUUAUUCUAGGGUUUGUUAUUGGAGUGCUAAUUCUAAUUGCAGCGAUUUUAAGUGCAUUAGCUUACUUUAAAAAUCAGAGACGACAGCAAGUCGAAUGUAAAUCAACAAGUUUUGAGGAGGUUGAGAAUGAGAAUGUGAAUGCAGAUUCGAGUGGCAGAACAAAUGCAGUGCAGGUGAUAGGUAGUGAGUUACAGGUUGUGCAAAAGAAAGUAGGAGUGGCAAGGCGCGAGAAGAGUGGGAAUUUAAUUUUUUGUGAUGGAGAGACGCCAUUUUGUAGUUUAGAGCAGCUAAUGCGAGCUUCAGCUGAGUUGUUAGGGAGAGGUAGUAUUGGAACUACUUAUAAGGCUGUUAUGGAUAAUCAGCUUACGGUGACUGUGAAGAGGCUAGAUGCAGGGAAGACUGCGGUUACUAGUGGUGAGGUCUUUGAGAGGCACUUGGAGGCAGUGGGAGGGCUGCGACAUCCCAAUUUGGUGCCGGUCAGGGCUUAUUUUCAGGCUAAGCAAGAGAGGUUGAUUAUCUAUGAUUACCAGCCGAAUGGUAGUUUAAACAAUCUCAUUCAUGGUUCAAGAUCAUCAAGGGCCAAACCACUGCAUUGGACAUCCUGCUUAAAAAUAGCAGAAGAUGUUGCUCUGGGACUAGCCUACAUCCACCAAGCAUCAAGGCUCGUUCAUGGCAAUCUUAAGUCGUCCAAUAUCCUCCUUGGUUCAGAUUUUGAAGCUUGUCUCACAGACUAUUGUCUUUCCGUACUUGCGAUUUCUGCACCAAGUGAAGAUCUGAAUUCUGAUAGCUGUAAAGCUCCAGAGAUACGCAAAUCCAGCCGUCAAGCUACCACAAGCUCAGACGUAUAUUCAUUUGGCAUUCUCUUGCUGGAGCUAUUGACAGGUAAACCUCCAUCACAGCAUCCAUAUCUCAUGCCAGCUGAUAUGGCGAAUUGGGUCAGGGCAAUGAGAGAGGAUGAUGGGGGAGAAGAUAAGUUGCUACAGAUGCUUGUUGAGGUUGCCAGUAUAUGUAGUUUGACAUCACCAGAACAGCGACCAACAAUGAGGCAAGUGGUAAAAACGAUACAGGAGAUCAAGGAAAAUGCACUGAUAGAGGAUACUGGAACAGAAGGCUAUAUAGAAUAUAUAUAGCGCUCUGAUUAGGUCAAAACGAAAUUAGGAAUCUAGAAACAAAUAGAAUCGAGAAUCGACUAACUGUACAGUUGCACAUGUGUGGAAUGUGCUGGGCAUGAGGCUGAUUGGUAUUAUUACAGUAUUGUUAAGUUUAUAAUAUUCCUAAGCCUGAGCACUUUUGGGGCCAAAUGCUGGAGCUACUUGGACUGAUAUUUAUGGCUACUGCUUGAGUUCUGUCGGUUACAUAUUGCAGAAGGGAUACUCAGGUCUUCUACUUCCUAUAGAUCUUGGAUGAUGAAGUUAAUAUCUCUGUGAUUUUGAUGUGCUGAGAGAAGUCGAAGGAAAGGCUCCAUGUUUGGGCCCAUACGUAUUAAGAACAUGAACCACGUGUACUGCACAAUUGAAAGGAAAUUCAUGUUUUUUGCCCUUCAUGUAUAGAUCUUGAAAUUAAAUAGUAUUUGUUGUGGGAUGAUGGCGUUCUGUUGCUUGGUAACCAGCUUUCUCUUUUGGUUCAGCUUGGUUCAUGCUUGAUGAAUCAGAUUGGUGAAAAUUAAAACUUUUAUGAUUAUCUAUUAUUAUUGCCUGAACGAGCUUUUUGAUUGA